AUGUCUAAUAAUGGAAAAUCCAGGAUAGAAUACGUCAAUUGUUCAUCGGCAGAGGUGGUGUAUGAAGGACCGCUCCGAGUUCCAGCAGAAUUCCUUGGACCAUUUCCUCUCCCAGAUGACACACAACUACCCCACCUCUUGCAACAAAUGAGGAAGCAGGCAGAGACGCUACGUGCAGCCCUGACGUCUCAACACGGCAUGCAUCCAGUGUACAUACACAAGUCCCUCGAUACUUGUUCCCACAUCAUGCUCCGCACAGACCUGGUACGUCAUUCGUUACAGCCACCGUACACUGGACCAUACCAAGUACUAGGAUGGGACACACACACAAUGGAUAUCCUCCUCCAGGGAAAGUCGACCAAGGUUGCCAUUGAGCGAGUAAAACCCGCUUGGACAAUGACAGCACCGACUACAGUCUCACAGACGACUUCAGACACAACUUGCAACAAACCCACACCUUCCACAGAACCAGACAGUUGUGAUCCACAGGAGCCCCACACCAGGGGACCUAAUGCAGCAACAGAAUCAUCAAGCAGCACCCACACCCGCGCUAUCCGCACUCGGGCAGGCCGAGAGGUGAAGUUUAAGUACCCCACCAUACCGGGUGCUCUGCACUUCAGGGGAGGAGGGGGGGCUGUGUGGGAGUGA